AUGGACCAAAGGGAACAGUUUAAGGGAAUAGCAGUCAUUGCCAACAUUACAAGAACAACGGCAGGUAGGCCAGAGCAGCAAGCAAAGAUGGAACCAGGCACGGGGGUAGGUUACAAAGUUGGUGCGGGGGUGAGACAGAGAGAGAGAGAGAGAGAGGGGCAGGAGAGACAGAGAGAGAGAGAGAGAGAGAGGGGCAGGAGAGACAGAGAGAGAGAGAGAGAGAGAGGGGCAGGAGAGACAGAGAGAGAGAGAGAGAGAGAGGGGCAGGAGAGACAGAGAGAGAGAGAGAGAGAGAGGGGCAGGAGAGACAGAGAGAGAGAGAGAGAGAGAGGGAGAGAGAGAGAGAGAGAGAGAGGGGCAGGAGAGACAGAGAGAGAGAGAGAGAGAGAGAGAGAGAGAGAGAGAGAGAGAGAGGGGCAGGAGAGACAGAGAGAGGGGUGA